AUGAAGUCACUCCUGAUUUCCCUGCUUCUCCUGGCUCCUGCCGUCCUGUGUGCCACAGAUUUCACUCGAGGAUCCUGUCUCCAUAUGAUCAACAAAGGAAGAGGCAAAUUCGCUGAGAAACAUCAACUGGCCAACAUGAAUGCCCUUGUCUAUAACAAAAAAUUGGAGUUGAAGAUUCUGGAGCAACUAUCGUUGACUGAGGGAUGUCCACAAUCAUCAAUUAUCUCUCACAAAGGAUUUGAUAAUCAUUUGAAUGUCAAAAACGACGAUUCGAUGAUUGAGUUGCUUUCGGGAGUUGGUAUCACGUCGAUGGCUUGUAUCACUACAAAAUGCUCGGAAAAUGGAGAAGACUUUGUCAGUAUUAUCUCUGAUUUUUCUGACUCUCCAGCGAUCUCUGGAACUCCCGGUUCCCAGUGUUCGGAUGGUAGAACAGUUGACUUUGAUGGAAACUUGUGCAAAGUGAAAAAUAAUCGUGACGGUUAUGUUCGAAAAAAUUUAUGGGAUGACAUGGUCGACAUCAUCAUCCCUAAGAAAACAAUGUACGUGCAGACAACCGAGUAUCAUGUAGUGCAUGUUGAAGUCAGGGCACCAUCUAUUAUACCAUCCAUUAUUAUACCAUCAAAAAAAAUUAGAAUAGUGUCUUAA